UGGGGGUGCUGUUGUUCUUUGAUAACGAAGUGGUAGCAGCAUUGCACUGACAGCAGCAGAGGGAGCAGCAAUACGAAGAGAACACGAAAUGCAUUUUUCUCCUAAGUAACGAAUGAUAUUUUGCGCUCCUUCAGACAAUAUGUUCGGGCUGCCGUCGGACGGUAGAGGUGCGGUCGUCUCUCCAAGGUUGUGAUCGCUGACGUUACCGGGGCGCAGGCGGGCUGCCUGACGGAAUGGCUCCGUCACCACCACGGCGCUGCUGGGGGGGCGUCCUUGUGCUGCCACUGGUGGCGCUGCUGCUCCUGCUCCUGCCCCAGCAGGCCCGAGGCUUCCUGCCCUUCGGCGACGACGACGCCUCCGCGGCCCUGGCGGUGCCAAAGGAGUGGGUGCUGCUGCACGUGGUCCAGGGCCACAUCGGCGCGGGCAACUACAGCUACCUGCGGCUGAACCACGACGGCCGCAUCAUCCUGCACAUGCGCAGCCUGAAGGGCGACGCCGACCUGUACGUGUCGGACAAGACGCUGCGGCCCAGCUUCGACACCUACAAGCUGCAGUCGGCCACGUGCGGCCCGGACGUGGUGGUGGUGCCCGGCGAGUUCACCCGGCCCGUGGGCAUCGGCAUCUACGGGCACCCGUCGCACCAGGAGAGCGAGUUUGAGAUGAAGGUGUUCUACGACCAGGCGGCCUUGGCAGACGACCCCUUCCAGAGGGACGCCUACCCCUCGGAGGAAGGGGGACAGUACCCUCACAGAGGAGGGGGAGGUGCAGGAGGAGGAGGAGGAGGGGGAGGAGGAGGUGGCGAUGGGGACUAUGAGGAAGAGGAGGAGUCCAUCUUUUGGACCAUCCUCAUUGGGAUUUUGAAGAUCAUACUUGAAAUUUUGUUCUGAAGCACACACAGGAAUGGCAGAACAGCAGAGAGCCAGGCAGGGGUGCUUGUGAUGAUGUGAGCGAGAUUUGUGUUUUGUUUUUUUUGUCACUGACUGACGGCAAACCCGGAGGACAUUUUUUGGGGGAAAAAAAUAAACUUGCUGAUGCCUCAAAGUGAAGUGAUUUCUAAAAGCGCUAUUUUCAAGCAAGUAUUUUUUUGAUCAGACAAUUGUUUUUGUAUGGAUCAUCGCAAAGUGAACAAGGGGGGUGGGUGUGGGUGCAAAAAAACAAGUCAAAAAUCGGGAAGUGAGUUUAUCUUUCUGUGGCUUGGCUAUACACCUCUAGCUCACAAGUGUAACUUAAAGAGUAGGAGUACUGGCACACUUGUCACCUCGUUCACCGCACGCACACACGCACACACACACACACACACACACUGUAGUGAAAAUGCUGCAUAGAACUGUCUUGAAAUCAUGAAACCAACAUGCUACUUGGAUCUUUAUUUUCACUGGAUUUACUUCACAUCACCAUGUGGUAGUACAUAGUGUACGUGACAUUGUUUACUUAAACCAUACAUCGUCCACACCAUGCUACUUACAAUUGUAAUUUUUUUUUAUUGUUGGCAAAGCCGUUUUACUGCCCAUUUUGUUCCAUGGUGUUGUUCAGUUUAUUCAUGUGCGGGGGAAAAAAAAUGAGAACCACUACCCUUUUUAUAGUUUUGGGGGCUUUUAAUUGCCUUUAUUUGACAGGAUAGUGAAGGUAAUGACAGGAAGUGAAUGGGCAGAGAGAGAUGGGGAAGGGUCGGCAAAAGACCCGGGCCGGGAGAACCACUACCUUAAAGUCCUGCUCUGUGGCGGAAAAGACGGAGGCUGCAAGUCAGGGGUGAGUUUCUCAAAAGGGAAGUUGUUAGCCUGUUAGCAACUUCGGUAGUUGCCAAUGGGAAAAUGCAUUGAAAGCAACGAAGUAGUUAAUGUAGUAAGCAACUUUGGUUUCGAGAAACUCACCCCAGUCUAUAUCCUGCUGUCCUCUCCUGUGGCCUCCACCCUCGUGAUAAGAAGCGCGACCUCAUAGGGUAGGUGAUUGCAUCUUGCGAAAACCUUAUUCAUAUCUGCACCUUUUUCCCGGCCUUAGGUCAUUCACGUGAAUAGAAAUAGAACCCCCGCAGUACACUGUCACCUUUUUUUCUUUAACGAGUUUGCAGGUCUGCUUAUUGAGAACAACUCCUGUCAUUUUUCAUUUGCAAUCGGGUUGUUGAAGGGGGAAAGCCCCUUGGGGGCCUCCGCACAUCGGCUCGGACAAAGUGCAGAACACUGCUCUGCCAAAGUUCAAUUCCAUUGUUUUCAGGAAAACCCCGCACACCGGCACCGAUUAUCCAUGCUGUGGUGAAGUUGUGUGUGUUGGGGGGGAGACGACAUGGCUGUUAGAUGUUACAUGGACAUGGCUGUUAUUAGAUGUUACAUGGCUGCUAUUCAGGUUCCCCUGAUCAGCUGAUCUUAAUUAGUAUUCAAGACAGGUAGACCAGCUACUUAUUGGAGUGACGUGCGGGUAUACUAAGAAGCUGGUAGUAAACCAGGUAAAGUUAACCUUGUGGUAGAGGUAUAUCAUCUAAUAAAAAGCCUGGAGUACUCAUUUUCUUAACUAAAUGAUGUCAGUUACUAAGGCUGCACAAUAUAUCGAAAAUGUAUUGAAAUCGCAAUAUCAAGAGUGGCCAUAUGCAUAUCGCGAAAAUUAGUUCAUUAUCAAUAUCGGUAAAAUGAUCUCUAGCUGUAUGUCAACAAAUUCGUGAGAAGCCCGCCACGACCAAAGCCAUGCCCCCCAAACAGACCGACAAAUUAGUGACGAGAAAAACACUCGGCUAUAUUUCUAGAUAUCGUUUUCGAGGUAUUGCAUGCUGUUAAUCGAGUAUCCUUUUUUUUUUCUGAUAUCGUGCAGCCCUGUCAGGUAUUAGCAAGUUAACCACUUCCUGUAGGUUAACUAAGCCUGGUUUAUCACUUGACCAUGUUCUUAGUUUGACACCAGAGAGAGUUAAGAGAGAGAGGUUCCAUUGACCCAUUGUUUCCGGGUUCUAUUAUUGGGGGGGAAAUCCCCCUUUAGGCAGACCUAGGCAGACCUGAGGACUGUUCUAUUCAAUGCUAGGAGCAUUAUGACACGCCCCUUUAGGCAGACCGGAACCUGGUCACGUUAGGUGCCCAUAGAAACCUAUUAUGUUGGCAUAUCUCUAUACUUAAAGAAUCUCUGAUGACCCCCCCCCCCCUGCGUUGGAAGGGAGGGGAACUGUGGCAGGGUUUUACUCUCUGGACCUGGAAUUGACUCCUCUGCCCGUAGGAAAGGAUGACAGGUAGCCUACUAGAAUGACUUGUAGACCGGGAGGAGAGAAUCACGUGCCAGUCAGUCGGGAGAACUAAACUUUUGUGCCUUUUCAUCGCCCAACCAUCAACACAACCACCAAUCCUCCUACUACAACCUCCAACUCCACUCUCCCCAACCACACCACCCCUACCACUGGCCAAACACCUGGCUCACUCAAUCACACAGUGUGUUUGUAAAUUGUUUGUAAAUAUUUCCCAAAUAAAGAGAACCACCUAUGUUUGCA